CCAAAGGGUGCUGCUACCUCUUACAGCCUCCAUCGGAACAAACCUAAGGCCAGAGCUGCAAAGGCGCAGCGGGCGUCGCACCUGCUUCCUGCGGGCCACGCUCUCCACCCGGUAAGCCCACGCUCUUUUAGUUCACUUUCAGGCCGGAAGCUCUUUUCUUGCCCAAGCGGGUGUGGGCCCAAGUCCUCGGAGAUUCGCUCGGACUUCAGGGAAGUCCUAAGAACCGGUCUCGGCAGGACUCCGCCAGGAUGCCCAGGCAGCCAGGAGGGGAGUGCGCCGCCGGGGUCGCAGGGGCGCGCCCGGGCCACGCUGGGAACUCUGGGCGCCUCGGCCCCGCCUGACCCGGAAGGGCUGGCGCGUGGUAACCCCGGCUUCCCUAGCAACCGAGCCUCCGUGCGAGUCCCAACCUGCCGCUCCGGCCUCUCGCUGGGUCCGCCUCCCGGGAUGCCCCUGCAGGUCAGCGAUUACAGCUGGCAGCAGACGGAGACUGCGGUCUUCCUCUCCGUGCCUCUCCGGGGCGUCUGCGUCCGGGACGCGGACGUGUUCUGCGCGGAAAACUACCUGAAGGUCAACUUUGCUCCGUUUUUAUUUGAGGUGUUUCUCUAUGCUCCCAUAGACGACGAGAGCAGCAAAGCCAAGAUUGGGAAUGACACCAUUGUUUUCACCUUACGUAAAAAGGAAGCCGUCCUGUGGGAGGCCCUUUCUGUGUCAGGUGUUGACAAAGAGAUGAUGCAAAGAAUAAGAGAAAAAUCUAUUUUAAAAGCACAAGAAAGAGCAAAAGAAGCUACAGAAGCAAAAGCUGCAACAAGGCGGGAAGAUCAAAAAUAUGCACUAAAUGUCAUGAUGAAGAUUGAAGAUGAAGAGAGGGAAAAAAUAGAACGUAUGAAAGAAAAUGAACGGGUAAAAGCAACUAAAGAAUUGGAAGCCUGGAAAAGACAUCAAAGAAAAGCUGAAGAACAAAAAAGAAUUCAAAGAGAAGAUAAGUUACAUCAACAAGAAAAGCAAAUAGAAGAGGGAAAUAAAUUAAAACAUAAAAGUUUUCCUAGAAAUUCAACAUCUAAAAAUCUUGCCACAAAAGGGAGAAACUCAGAAAACAUAUUUUCUGAGAAGUUAAAGGAAGACAGUAUUCCUGCUCCUCGCUCUAUAGGCAGUAUUCAAGUCAACUUCACCCCUCGAGUAUUCCCAACUGCUCUCCGGGAAUCACGAGUAGCAGAAGAAGAGGAGUGGCUACACAAACAAGCAGAGGCAAGAAGAACAAUGAAUACUGAUAUUCCUGAACUUAGUGAUUUAAAAGAAGAAGAAAAGAACCCAGAAUGGUUGAAGGAUAAAGGAAACAAACUGUUUGCAACAGAAAACUAUUUGGCAGCAAUUAAUGCAUACAACUUAGCCAUAAGACUAAAUACUAAGAUUCCACUAUUGUAUCUGAAUCGGGCUGCUUGCCACCUAAAAUUAAAAAACUUACACAAGGCCAUCGAAGAUUCUUCUAAGGCACUGGAAUUAUUGACACCACCUGUUCCAGACAAUGCUAAUGCAAGAAUGAAGGCAUAUGUACGACGUGGAACAGCAUUCUGUCAACUAGAAUUGUAUGUAGAAGGCCUGCAGGAUUAUGAAGCUGCACUUAAGAUUGAUCCAUCCAACAAAAUUGUACAAAAUGAUGCUGAGAAGAUUCGGAAUAUAAUUCAAGGAACAGAAGUAAAAUCUUAAUGACUACUGGAAGCAACUAGGUACUAUAAUGGAUUUUGUUUAAAGUUUUUUCAAAAUAACUGGAGGCAUUGGGAAUCUUUGUACAUAUUAUGGGUAAUUGUGCAGAAUCACUUUAUUUUAGUGCUCUAGUUCUGUUGGAAGGAAAAUAUUAUAAAUCUAUAGAAAAUAAUAUGUUUGAGAUGCAUGGUUUCUGAUUAAGUAAAUCAAAAUAAUCUAUUUCAGUUCUUUAUCUCUUUAUAUUAAUAUAUAAUUUAA